AUGCUCCUCAUUCAUCAGACGGGCUCGGUCAAGGUUGGUGAGGUUGUAAGAUAUACCUUGACAUACACCCCCAGCCUUGACCGCAUCCUUCCGCCCCCAUCGCAGCUGUAUGUCAAGAUCAAGAACACUGCCGCCAUUCCGCUGAGGGCCGCUUACCUCCAUGGUCCUUAUACACUCUAUGUAGCUUGCUACCCUUCAACAUAUCAUCCGUACAAGAAGCAUGAAAGGGUCAAGGAAGAAGGCUCUCCAGAAUUCGAGCCCCAACUCAAAGCCGGAGGCUCCUGGUCGGCUCAACUGACCGUUCCUGAAGAAGUAAGACAAGAUGCUCAUAACACUACCGGCGCCAGACAAGACAAUGGGAAGCCUGAUAGGAAGUCCUUCACCUGGGUAAUUGAAGUGGCAUCUCAGGUCAUUUUCUCUACCAGUGCUGCCGUCCACUACGAGCUGCUGGUUGGCCGAGACGAAAAAUCGGUGGACCUAGGCUUCCAUGGAGUCAUCGGGUCAGGACAUGGUGCUCCGGCCAAGCUAGAGGACCAUCAACAUAGCCGCGUAAAGGCCACAGGUCAACCAAGAGGGGUCUUUUCCAAGGCCAUCCGACUCUUUAUCGAUGAUACCGAUUCGCUAUGGAGUACGCCUCCCUUUCCGGAGUGGGAGAAAGAUGGUGAUGUAAAUGUGCAAGAGGGUCCUCAACAUGGCGACAAGCGUGACGCCGAGGAGAAAGAUGACAGGAAACAGCGCAAACAGAAAAAGAUACAUCUCGUUCUGCUUACUCACGGUCUCCAUAGCAAUUUGGGUGCCGAUAUGCUCUAUCUGAAAGAGAGCAUUGACACAGCUGCCAAGGAGGCACAAGAAGCGUCCAGGAAGAGAAGAGCUGAUAUUCGUUUGCGACGCAUUGCCGAGUCCAACCAGUUCGCCCGGGACGCUGUUGAUCACAGGUCCAAGUCAAAUCCUGAGGUAUCAGCCACAAAACACGAGGAAGACGAAGAAGACGAAGAAGAGCAGGUUAUUGUUCGAGGUUUUAAUGGAAAUGCCGUGAAGACGGAACGUGGUAUCCAAUACCUCGGGAAACGUUUCGCUAAAUACGUCCUUUCCCUCACGUAUCCAGAUCAACCAUACCUACCCGUCAAAAGCUCGAUAUCAAAGACCAUCUCAAAGACUUUGACGGGCUCCAAACCAUCCUCUGUGGAUGGCAAUCGGCCGACACACAAACACAGCAGCAUCGUCAAAGAUGAAAAUCACAAGGACCAAAAGUUGCCUUACAAGAUUACAAGCAUUUCCUUCAUCAGUCACUCCCUCGGCGGCUUGAUUCAGACUUAUGCUAUCGCCUACAUUCAGAAACAUUCUCCGGAAUUCUUCGACCUAAUCAAACCCGUCAACUUCGUUGCCCUAGCGUCUCCGUUUCUUGGUCUCAGUAAUGAAAAUCCCAUGUAUGUCAAAUUUGCGUUGGACUUUGGGCUUGUUGGGCGAACUGGUCAGGAUCUUGGUCUGACAUGGCGUGCACCUACACUUGCAAAGAGUGGAUGGGGCGCUGUGAUUGGUGGCCUUACCACUGAGUCGCAAAAGGCUGAGAAGGAGCCGGACCCGGGUGCAAAACCUCUGCUCCGAAUCCUUCCCACGGGGCCGGCGCACGUUGCUUUGAAAAAGUUUCGAAAUCGUACUGUUUACUCAAAUGUCGUCAACGAUGGGAUCGUUCCAUUACGCACAUCAUGUCUUCUAUUCCUUGACUACAGGGGUCUCGGCCGUGUUGACAAGGCGCGCAGAGAAAACGGGCUUGUCGGGACCAUGGUGGGCUGGGGGUGGGCUGAAAUGACAGGUCAAAAUGCGAGUUCUUCAAGAAAGCCUCUUACCUGGAAUGACCUGUUUGGCGAUAGUGGUGACGAAGGCAACCGACCUGGCAAAACUUCUCCCGAUCCUGAGGCUGCUGUUCCGCAGGCAGAUGCAAGUCAGGGUUUUGAUUACGACCAAAGGUUUGAGCCAAGGGAAAGUCAAUUUCUUGAUAAACCGUCGUCACCAAUUGGCGAUGCUGAGGAUUCACCAACUGGUUCUGGCCCUAAUCUUUGGUCUGGGCUCAUGAAUCUAUUCAAACCACAAGCCGGUAAACAGGCGCCCCCAAAAAGUCCACGGAAAAUCCAAAAGAUCUAUCGCCGCGGGCAGACAAUGCAUCACAGCCAUCACCACGAUUCAGAACCUGAAAGCUCACGUGGCAAUUCACAAGAUAGUGGUAGCACCGAUGAACAGGGUGAUCGACCGAAAGGUCUCGUCCGCGGCUCCUCCCUCUAUACCAACAAUUCCGAGAAUGGAGAUGUCGAAGCUCCUCCAAGGACUACAUUCUUUGAAUCUGCUGGAGAUCUGCUCAACCCACCUCUGCCUUCACGCGAAUUUAUCCUCGACCCCGGAGCAAGACCAAGAACAAUCCAUCACGACCGAGUGUAUCACCCUCAAGAUAUUCCACCUCCUCCUGCCAAACGACAGCGAACAUUGAUGAUGAGACGGUCUUCAUCACGAGACGGUUCGCAACAAUCUGUCGUACCUAAAUCUCCAACGGAACCUGAGCCGGCCGAGUCGAGUCAUUCAACAUCAAUGGCACAACCGAGUGUUGGACCAAUGAAAAUUGAGGAGAAGAUAGCCAGGGCCUACCACAAAGAUCUUUCAUGGCGGAAGGUUCUGGUUCGUCUAGAGCCAGAUGCUCACAACAACAUGAUCGUCCGUCGUAUGUUUGCGAAUGCUUACGGGUGGCCUGUUGUUAAGCACGUGUGUGACACCCAUUUCGGGUACACUGCCAGCGCACAGACUCGUGACGAGGAUGAGGCUCCUGUUGAGCGUGCAAAAGCGGCGGACCAGGCAGUGCUGGCGACGGGCGAAGAAGUUCUGGGGCAGACAGAUCUUCCCGCGGAAGACUCCGAAAUUGGCAAGAUUGACAAACAUGAAUUAGAGCGGUCGCGCAGCGCGACUGAUAUUCCCGCGACAGCUGCCCUACCACCUGCAAUGGAUGGCGCGCAUGGGGAUAUGCAUAAACUCCAUGCACACUGGAAGAUUCGAGAAGAAGUUCAGCAACGUCCAGGCCGUACUGAUUCUGAGAUCCGUGAGUCUCGUGACGAUAUCUCUGAGCUCGUCAGCAAGGUCAGCGCCACUGGUGAGAAUGCGGGCACCUUCACCACACCUUCGAAUGCUACUGGCUUCUCCAACAUGAGUUCUAGUCGAGCAGCAUUGUCGAGGUUGGCCAGAUCUGACAGCUCGCGGUGGAGUGAUCGAUUUUUCGACGGUAGUGAUGAAGAUGAUCUCGAAGACGAAGACCCUACUCUCAUGGCAGAGAUUGAGAAGGCUAGGACCCGUGGCGAACUAGAUCGUGCGGAUAGCCACACCAGUAACAUGACAUCCCUAAGCGCGAAGAUUGCAGAUGUAUUGACGACCAGUCCGAGCUCUACGAAAAUGGUGUCUGCAAAAGGUGAUACGAAUACCCAGCCCUCAUCCUUCCUCAGUACCCGAGGCUCAAUAUCUCUGACCGCCGAGCCUGACGCCAUGUCUUCUGGAGUCAACACACCAACCCACUUGGCACACGAUCUUGCGGAAGAUUUGAAUCCUGGAUCACUUACUGCUUUCAGCAUUGGUACUGAUCGACUAGGCUUAGGACUAGGAGAAGAACGCGACGACAUGAUACGUACCAAUACCCGUGGCAGUGUAGACUCGAAACCACAAGGCAUUGGUAUUGAUGUUGCGGAGCAAGUAGGCCUCGUGCGGGGAAAGGAGAAGGAUGUUGAAUAA